AUGUGCGUCGCCGAACUCUGCGUAACGGUUCUCGCAUGCCAGCACCGCUGGUACCACCUCGUCCGGCCCUGCAGUCCAUCCAGCAACCUGUCGACCUGUGGCAAGAAACUGGGCAUCUCAGGAUGGGAGGUCAAGUGCGAGUUUUGCCCCUACUGCCAGGGUCACGUCUCUGAAUUCGAGUACAAGUUGAUUGGAGACGGGCCAGCACCACCUGUCGGCUCGCUGUCAGGCCUCGCUCGCGCACACUCGGUCUCGCUCAACACCGCUCGCCGGGACAUCCGUCUCGACAACAUCUCGCGGACCGACAGUGCGACGAGUGUGGGCAGCAAGAGCAGUCUGGUCACAGCAGCAUCGGAGAAGAAUCGGGCGAUGAACUCGCGGCUGGACGCUUACUUCUUCCCCUCCAACGACCAGCCCUACCCUGCCGUCCGCGAAGACGACAUCGACAGCAACGUGACCAGCAGCCCGAGCGACCACUCGAGCAGCAGCAACGACAACUCCAGCGUCCGCCGCAACUCCAUGGCCGCCGAGCCCUACAAAGUCAACAUGCUCUCGCGCGUCCGCCGCCGGACCAAGCUCCCAUCCGACAUCCCCGUCGUCGUUGCUCUCGUCCACCACCCUCUCGACACUCCACACAACACGACUCCCAAAACUCCACUUCUUCCAUCCGUUUCCUCUUCGUCUGUCCUCCAGCGCGAUCCAGCGCUCUUUUGCAGCUUGCUUCUUCUCUUCUCCGCCCAGCUUCAGAUACCCACUUUAUUCUAG